AUGUCGCUGGUUCCUCCGGUGACUUGUGAUGGCUGGUUCUACUCGGGGGAGCUCUAUGUCGAGGCGAGCGGUCACAACCGGCACCGCCGCGCGACUAUCCCGGAACUCAAUGCUCUUUUUGGCGGUAACGGUGGCUCUAAAGAUCCCCCAGGCCAUUGGUACGAGGCGCAGCUCAUUCAUUACGGUCUGCCGCCGUCCAAGACCAAAGGAACCGCCAAGAUGAGGCUCUUCGAGGCCGUCAACAAGGGGAACUUGGCCGUGCCUGCUCACAUCCUCAGCAUUGAGGCCGAGUUGAAGAAAGAAUGGACCAAGCGGGAGCGCGAAGCCAAACAAGCGCUCAAAAAGGCGGCAGCACCGGCUGCAGCCACACCCGCUCGAGGAUCCAGCAAGCGCAAGGCUGAUGAAGGAACCAAUGUCAACAUCAACCUCUCUGUAUCUAUUGGACCCCGGGGCAACGUCCAGAUUACCACCCCCGAGCCCGCAGCAAAGAAGACCAAGACCAGCUCGACCAGCAAGAAGUCGGCUCCCACCAAGCCAGCUCCCACCAAGUUGACCCCGGAAACAUCCACGCAGACGGCUAGGGUCAAGAAACAGACAGCUCGGCGUGGCCCACCCUCAUCGAGGGUCGCCAGGUCCGUCUCCUCCCGUCCGGCACCCUCCUCACCCUCCGAUGAGCCAGCUACGCGCCCGACGGCUCCACGCACGAAACAGACGGCUCGGCGCUCCCGCCCAUUCAUCAUCGGAGCUGGCCCGGGCCGAUCGACCACAACCGCGGCCUCCUCCCAUCAGCUUCCCCGGUUUGAUAUCACCCCAUCUCAGUGGGACUUGCCCGACAACAACGACCCACCGCCUCCCUACCCAGGAUCUCCUAGGGUCCACGGUAGUGGCAUCUACGACAACGGUUAUACCAACGACAAUGCCCAGGCCGGCAGCCAGCCCCUGCCUGCCCUGGGCCUGCUGAACGGCCGGUACCGCCUGCGGUGCACGGGCCCGCGCGAGUAUGUUGAUCGCGAUGAGGACUCGAGCAUCAUUUUCACGCUGGACGGCGAGGCGCUCUGGGGCUUGUUUGAGAUUGGCCCUCUGAAGGGCAUCCUUCGCCUGGACGAGCGGCCGUGGGCGGCCUCGCCCCGGCCGAUGUACUUUAGCUGGCGGGGGGAAGAUAGUCAGGGCGGGGAGCACGACGAGGCGGAUGACGGGAGCUAUGUCAAGUUUCUGGGGGAUGGUGUGGUUGUGGGCAGGAUUGGGUUUUACGGGGGGAUGCUUGAGUUUAGUGGGUAUCGUGUUAGUGGGCAGGCGACGCGCAGCGAGAUCGGCGUGUUUGAGAUGAGGCGGGAGUGGGAGGAGCGGCGGCUGUAG